UAUGGGCGCUCGAUUGUCGGGGACCGCACUCAGGCUCAGCGCACAGCGCUCAGCACUUUGCUCGGAAACUUGAGCUCGACUCGUUGCUGCAACCACUACCGGAAUCAUCGCUGACCUUGUCAUUACCUCGUCGAAUCUAUCUAAUCGUCUAAAUCAUCAGCAAGAAGAGACGUACACACCAGCAUGCACCACACGGCCUGGACAUCCGAUCGCAUCCAGCCGUCAAAGCCGAAGGGUUCUGGGCAGCCGCAAGGCAAGGGGAAGCAAAAGGCUCAAGAAGCAGCAAAGAGCAAGGAGGUGCGCAGGCUCGAGCAACUGAGAGAUGGUUUACGGCAUACGACCGGCCGCGAGAGAGACCCAAAGGGCGGGUGUUUCUGCCAGGCGCGCAUGCAUGUGCUGUCUCCAUACACCCCAGUCUGCCGUAGCUGCGGCCUGAUACUAUGCGAGCUGCAAGUGCCUCGUUAUGCCUGCCCCCAUUGCGCCUCCCCUCUCCUUACACCCGACGUCCGUACGGUGCUCGAGGCACGGCUGGAGACACAGAUUGCUGAGACACUAGCACGAGAGGAGGAGGACAGGCAGCACGCCAUCGAGCAAGCUCGCGCAGCCGCAGGGGCCUUCCCCACACUCGCCGUCGGUGCAUCCGGCCUCCCUUCAUCCGCCUCCGACAUCCUCUCGUCGCACCCCGCGAACCAGACGCACAGGGUGUUGUCGCUCAAUUCGAAGACGAAGAAGGUGACGGUGUCGUCAUAUCAUUCGUCGCCGGCUAUCUCGAGGUCUGCGUCGCGGGAGAGCGGGCUGAAGGACGAGGUGCAGCCGGAGAGCAAACGCGUCCCGCCGCCACCGUCGGAGGUGCCACAUGCGCAAGGCAGCGUUGAUCCUCAUCGACCGUGGGCAAACAUGAGAGACGGCAACGUGACGUAUAUGCCCCCACCGCAGGUGAAUGCGGGCGGAUCGAGUAGCCAGCAGGGAAGGAAGAGAAAGGGCAGGAAGUCGGGCAAGGAAAAGGAGAAUGAAACUUGACUACUUGUACCCGGUAUGGAGUGGUCCACUUCACGGACAACGAUGCAUGACCUGAACAGGUUUCUGAAUGUAUCGCCCCUGCGUUGCGGCAUCAGGUGCGUAGAUGGGCUACGUAUUGUUGUCGUAUCCCACCGUUGACGUCUGCACGUUCCACAGCGGACCUUGAAGGUCAGCGACGCAUCGAGCCUAUACCGAUAUUGCCGUCGCUCGAGACUUGCUAUAUCCUGUCGUUUUGGUGCACUUGCAGCCGCACAAUCAUCGCUAUAACAGUGCGACAAUCCGCAUAACAUUCUGCAGAAUCACGCAGCAUCAUUACCUGUCCCCAAAUCAUCUAGUGUUUUGAGCGAUGUAU